AAGUAGUCUGUGCAUUCACGCCGCGCACUCACAUUGACUGGUCGUGUCGUGUUUAAUUUAACGUAUUUUAAAACUCGCAGCAACCGUACUUUUUAAUUUUUUUUUUAUUUUUUCACACGACUAUAUUGUAAAGUUGAGCGACAUAAUAAUUAAAUAUUAGCUGUGUUUAUAUUCGAAAUGUGAAUAGUGUUGUGUUUACAUUGCCGUUACAAUGUCGUGUUGGUGCAUAGUGUAAAGUUUUGUUUACAAUGGGUUACACGUCUAGUGGAACGGGGAGGGCCGCCCAUGAGGCGUUGCUGGCCCGGCAGGAUGCUGAGUUGCGUUUGAUGGAGACUAUGAAACGAAGCCUUCAAGCUAAAAUGAAAAGCGAUAGGGAGUAUGCGCUCGCACUGUCGGCCGCGGCGGCACAAGGACAAAAGAUGGAUAAAUGCGAGGAACUGAACGGAUCCGUCAUAGCGUCCGCUUGGCGCACCAUGACUGAAGAAUGGGAGAACACCAGCCGCAUGAUAAAGACAAAUGCGGAAGCCCUCGAGUCCAAAGCUUUGGACCGCUUGAACACUUUAAUGUCUGAAAGACGAAAGUCCCGUAAAGCAUAUCAAGAGGAUCAUACUAAAAUAUCAUCGCAGUUUACACAGCUCAGCGAAGAAGUUCAACGGAAACAAAGUGAAUACCAAAAGUGUCUUGAAUCAUACAAACAGAUGCGCGCUAAGUUUGAAGAGAAUUAUCUUAAAUGUCCAACAAGUAGAGGAGGUCGCAAAUUGGACGAAACCCGGGAUAAAUACGGCAAAGCGUGUCGAAGGCUUCACAGAGCACACAAUGAGUAUGUAUUAUUGUUGGCUGAGGCUACAGAAUGCGAGAGAGCGCUGCGCACCGCGGCCCUUCCUGCCAUAUUGGACCAGCAGAGGCGGCAAGGAGAAGCCACUGCUUCGUCUUGGAAGGGAAUCCUAUUAGAAGUUGUCCAGAGGUCUGAUUUCAGUACGGACAAGUUCAAGGAAAUUCAGGGUAAAACAGAAACCACAGUUCAAAACCUAAAGCCACAGGAAGAAUACAAAGACUUUAUGGAAAAAUACAAGUCACCGUCUUUAUCGUCAGUUACAUUUACCUUCGACGAGAGUCUGGUAGAAGACACAAGUGGGAAGCUUCAACCAAACCAGUUGACAGUUGACAAUUUGACAGUAGAAUGGUUGAAGGAGAAAUUGACAGAACUGGAAAACGUGCUUCUAGAUAAUAGGGAGAAGCAGACUGCGAUUCAAGGGCCAGAGAUUAUUGGGAACGGUGUUUGUAAGAACAAUAAUACUGGCAUGUCUAAUGGAGUUAAUGGAAUUGAUAGGUAUUCACCCCCACCAAUACCAGUAACAACAUCUGAACCAAUAAAGCUCCUAGAACUCCGGAUAGCGGAAAGAAAGUGCGCGAAACAAGCGGAGAUGAUUCGUUCAGCGCUCGCAGAAUUGGGUUGUGAAGAGGCUCCGAGUGGCUGUCCUGAUCUAUCCGCUGAAACUGUAGGAGUUGAUAGUUUGGAUGGCAGCUCACCAGACCAUCAGGAUCGAGCAUCAAUCGGCUCUAAAGCAUCAAUGGAUGCGUUGCGGUUGCAUCUGCAUUCGAUAAUACCACCGAGACCGUUCUUCAAAAUGUUUACGCGGCCAUUCAGACGCAAGUCUGUGCCUUCCAGUCCAGCUUUACCUCCCAAAACAUACAGAAGCAGUAGUGAGGGCCCAUCAGACUCGGUGAGCGCGAGCGAGACUGAACGCUCGCUGGUAGACCAGGAAUGGUUCCAUGGAGUGUUGCCUAGAGAGGAAGUCGUGCGGUUGUUGAGAAAUGAUGGGGAUUAUCUAGUACGAGAAACCACGCGAAAUCACGCGCGACAACUUGUAUUAUCCGUUUGUUGGGGACAACAUAAGCAUUUUAUCGUACAGACAACACCAGAGGGUCACUAUAGAUUUGAAGGCGCCGCGUUUCCAUCAGUAGCGGAGCUGAUAGCGUGGCAGCGGGCGAGUGGAGUACCAGUAACAGCACGAUCCGGAGCUCUGCUACGAAGAGCUGUGCCCCGGGAGACCUGGGAACUCAAUAAUGACCAUGUGCAGUUACUGGAUAAGAUUGGACGGGGUAACUUUGGGGACGUGCACAAAGGGCGUCUCAUAACUACCGGGCAAGAAGUAGCUGUGAAGACCUGUAGAGUUGCCUUACCAGAGGAACAGAAGCGAACUUUUCUGCAAGAAGGACGCAUCCUCAAGCAAUACCAACAUCCCAACAUUGUACGGCUUAUUGGGAUCGCGGUUCAGAAACAGCCUAUUAUGAUCGUUAUGGAGCUUGUAUCAGGUGGAUCCCUCCUAACCUUCCUCCGAACCAGGGCCCAGAACCUAAACUCCAGGUCUCUUUUGGCCAUGUGCCGUGACGCGGCAGCUGGAAUGAGAUAUUUGGAGUCCAAAAGCUGUAUCCAUCGUGACCUGGCUGCCAGAAAUUGUUUGAUUGCUGAUGACAAUAGCGUUAAGAUAUCCGACUUCGGGAUGUCCAGGGAGGAAGAGGAAUACAUCGUGUCUGGUGGGAUGAAGCAAAUACCUAUUAAGUGGACCGCGCCCGAGGCUUUGAAUUUCGGUAAAUACACAUCACUAUGCGAUGUAUGGAGUUAUGGUGUACUAAUUUGGGAGAUAUUCUCAAAAGGCGACACUCCAUACGCUGGGAUGAGUAACUCCAGAGCGCGGGAGAAAAUUGAUCAAGGCUACCGUAUGCCCGCCCCGGAAAGCUGUCCUGAAGAAGUCUACGCUCUGAUGCUGCGAUGCUGGGAAUACGAGCCCGAAAAACGACCACACUUCAACCAGAUAUACACAAAUAUUGAUAACAUUUAUAACAGAUAAUUAUUAUUCAAUAUUUCUAUUUUUAUAAUUCAUUGAUAUUUUUAUUCAUACAAUGUGACAAUGCUUAUGUAAGAGAAAAUAAUUUUAAUGUUUGAUCUGCAAUAUUUCUAUGAAAUCAUAUAUUUCUAUAGCAAUCGUUAAUAUUUGGUGAAAUUGACGGAUAAGUAGAAAAUAUUUACCUAAUGAACGUAAUUAAUGUGGACAAUAAUUUUGAGUAAAUUGGAAUAUUAAAAAAUAAUAAUGAAUCAAUCAUCCAUACGUAUUUUGAGAGCUUGUAAUUAUGUUAGGUAUUACAUACGAUCAGUAUUAUUGUAUGUGUGACCAAAUAUUGUAUUAUCGACAAUUACGGACAUGAAUUUUGCAAUAAACUUCUUAAAUUUUAAAUUAAUAUUGAUCUCUUGAUCCGUUUAUUUUUUAUCCAAAGGAACUUUUAUCCUUAUUUUUCUUAGUAGUACAAUUAUUUUACUUGUAAAUAAAUUUAUUUGUAGUUUAAGUGGCAAUGUUUGUCUUCCGUUAUUUUGUUUAGUUUCAAAAUUUUUGUGAUAUAGUGUUCGUGCUUCCAUUAUUUUGAUAAAUCGCGUUAUUCUCAUGCUAAGUGUAGAUUCGUUUACUUAGUGAGAUAACGUAGGUGACAAUUAUGUUUGUACAUAGGUAAGUAUUACGAUAUUAUUUUACAAUAAAGUGCCUGAUUUUUGGA